UUCGACUAGGACAGACGUUCGCUCACAAGUCAUAAGUAUUUUCGCAAAGAAAAGUGUUGUGAUAAUGCAGUUAGCUGAUAUUUUGUGUUGGGUGGUGUUGACGAUAACUGUCACAGCAUGUGUCGCGGUGGAAGAACAAGAUACCGAAAUAGAAGAAACACCAGAUGGUAAAAGAAUAAUAAGUAAAAGAGAAGCAACAUUGAUACUAGAAGACUAUCCACUCGAUAGAAUAUUUCAGAAGCCUAAAGUAAUAUACAGAAGAAUAUCGAAGCAGAGAUACGGACCUCCAAAAUCAAAGUAUGGACCACCAAAGCCGAAGUACUGGCCUCCGAAAGCAUCAAGGAAACCGUCAAAGAAAAUGCGCAAGGGAAAUCCAAAAGCUACUCCUCCUAAAUAUGGAACACAAAAGUCCACCAAUAAACAUAGAACUAACUUAAACAGAAAGCGAGCAUCGAUACCUAAAUCAGGCAAAGUGAGACUUAACAACAAACCAGUAUUCGGACAUAUUCUUAAGUUACCUCAUUAUUCUAUCUUCGCGCCUGACAAACCAAGUUUUGGGGAACCACCAGUAGCGCAUGCCAAUGAUUACCAGGACCAAAAACAAAGUUACGGGGAACCACCCGUUGACUCCUAUGGGGCGCCUCUAAAAACCAGUAUCAGUGACAUUUACUCAACUCCUCAGAGCUUCCAGGAAACAUCACAACAUUAUGACAAUCGUGGACACAACAGACAUGAGUACCAAUGGACUAAGCAUACUCCACCUCCUGAUUCAAACUACGCUUUCUCAAAAAAGAAGCCUUCUUACACCGACAAUAAAAUUUUCGUCACUCCUAUUCCUAAAGACUAUACUGAAGAUGCUACGGAAUUAGACGCUGCAAAUAAACAAGUAAUGCAGGAUACCAAAUUUUUCUUUAGAAAAAAGCGUCCAUUUUACUUUGCAGAUUCAAAGUUACUGAACAAGCCGUGGAAACCAAAUAAGCAAGAUGACUUUGACGAUGAAAUUAUUGUUGGUGGACAGUAUGCUGAGCCUCCAGGGAGGUACGUGACAAAACUACCGCAUCAAUCACCAAUGUAUGAUGACAAUGAAGAAGAGGAGGACUCGUUCACUGCUCAACAUGGCUACGUUGACGUCGACAUGGCGUUGUCAGCUAAUAACUCACCGUACUCCAACUACAAGCACAGCAACAUGGCGUUCAGUCCACAAAAUCUGAACGAUGCCUUCAGUAUAGUUGACUAGGUUUAAGAAAAAUUGUUUUAUUUAUGGUAUUGAAAUAAAAGAACGGUCGUAUGGAAAAUGUAAACAGAAAAGAAUGUGCAAUACAAUUGUUUAUGUAUGA